CAUCCAGGCAGAAAUCGUUGACACUAGACUCAUUUGAGACGUGUAGACGCAUUUUACAGGACUUGGCUAACAAGGCUCCAACUUUUGAAUUGAGACGGACUUCCCACUCACUUUCUUUCUAUAUGGGCUAUGUGCAGCUUCUGCAGAAUAUGCAUGUUUCUUUACCUUGAAUUCAUCAAGAUCGCUCACAAGUCACAAGUAAGAAAACGCAUGAUUUUUCACUGGUUUUGACCUUGAAGAGCUAUGAUACUUUACAUGCCCUUGUUCAGACGAUGCGCCACCUCAACAACACUCACCCAACUCCAUGCCCAUCUCUUCAUCACCGGCCUCCAUAGACACCCACCUGCAUCCACCAAACUCAUUGAGUCCUAUGCCCAAAUUGGCAUUUUUGAAUCUUCCAAACGUGUCUUUGAUACCUUCCCUAAACCCGAUUCCUUCAUGUGGGGUGUUCUGAUCAAGUGCUAUGUGUGGGGUGGAUUCUUUGAAGAAGCCGUUUCACUUUACCAUGAAAUGGUGUACCAGGACCAGACCCAGAUCAGUAACUUUGUGUUUCCAUCAGUUUUGAAGGCGUGUUCCGGUUUUGGUGAUCUGAGUGUUGGUGGGAAGGUUCAUGGGAGAGUAAUCAAAUGUGGGUUUGAGUCUGAUGCUGUUGUUGAGACCUCGUUGCUUUGUAUGUAUGGAGAAAUGAGCUGUUUAGAUGAUGCUUGUAAGGCAUUCGAUACAAUGCCAAUAAGAGAUGUGGUGGCAUGGAGUUCCAUUGUUCUGAACUUUGUUCAGAAUGGACAAGCAAGUGAAGGGUUGGAUAUGUUUUCUCAGAUGAUCUCAGAAGCUGUUGAACCUGAUUCCGUGACUAUGCUUAGUGUAACUGAGGCCUGUUCUGAGUUGGGUUCUCUAAGACUAGGGAGGUCUGUUCAUGGCUAUGUUGUGAGGAGGGAGAUUGAGAGUAAUGCUUCACUGAACAAUUCUCUUAUUGUAAUGUAUGGUAAAUUGGGUGACUUGUAUAGUGCAGAAAGGCUCUUUGAGAAUGUUCCUUGUCGGAUGACCGCUCCAUGGACACCAAUGAUUUCCUGCUACAAUCAAAGUGGAUGUUUCCAAGAAGCCCUGAACGUUUUUGCUAAGAUGCAGGAGUUUAAAAUGGAACCCAAUCAAGUAACCAUGGUGGGUGUUCUGUGUGCUUGUGCUAGGUUGGGCAGGGUGAAGGAAGGGAGGUCAGUUCAUGGCUUUGUCAUCAGAAGAGCUAUGGACCCAGAGUUAGAUUUUCUGGGGCCAGCAUUAAUGGAGUUGUAUGCUGAUACUGGAAACUUAAGAGAUUGCCAUAAGGUUUUUGAAACUAUUAAAGAGAAAACUAUCCUCUCAUGGAACACACUCAUAUCGAUUUUCACCCGGAAUGGGCAACCAGAGGAGGCCUUACUUCUCUUUGUGCAAAUGCAGACACAGGGACUAAUGCCAGACUCAUAUAGCCUGGCAAGUUCUCUCUCAGCCUGUGGAACUAUCAGUUUUUCACAGCUUGGAGCUCAGAUCCAUGGUUAUAUCAUCAAAACAGGCAACUUCAAUGACUUUGUCCAGAAUGCCCUGAUUGAUAUGUACGCCAAGUGUGGGUUUGUGCAUUCAGCAAACAAGAUGUUUGAGAAGAUCAAGGAGAAGAGUCUGGUAACAUGGAAUUCUAUGAUUUGCGGUUUCUCUCAGAACGGUUAUUCAGUAGAAGCAAUCACUCUCUUUGAUCAAAUGUACAUGAACUGUGUCAAGAUGGAUAAACUAACCUUCUUGAGUGUAAUUCAAGCUUGUUCCCAUCUGGGUUACUUAGAAAAGGGAAAAUGGGUUCACCACAAGCUCAUCAUGUAUGGUUUAAGGAAGGACUCUUACCUUGAUACUGCACUGACUGACAUGUAUUCCAAGUGUGGAGAGCUUCAGAUGGCCCAUGGAGUUUUCGACCGCAUGUCAGAACGGAGCAUAGUUUCAUGGAGUGUUAUGAUAGCUGGUUAUGGGAUGCACGGUCAGAUCAAUGCCACCAUCUCACUCUUCAAUCAAAUGUUGGGGUCAGGAAUAAAGCCAAAUGAUAUUACUUUCAUGCAUAUCCUAUCAGCUUGUAGUCAUGCAGGAGCAGUAGAAGAAGGGAAGCUAUAUUUUAACUCCAUGAGUGAGUUUGGCGUUGAGCCCAAACACGAUCAUUUUGCUUGCAUGGUUGACCUUCUGAGCCGAGCUGGUGAUCUGAAUGGAGCAUAUCAAAUCAUUACUUCAUUGCCAUUCCCUGCAAAUUCCAGCAUCUGGGGCGCUUUGCUUAAUGGGUGUCGAAUCCACAAGAGGAUUGACAUCAUCAAAAGCAUUGAAAAAAAUCUGUUAGAUGUAGAUACAGCCGAUACUGGAUAUUAUACAUUACUAUCUAAUAUAUAUGCAGAGGAAGGAACCUGGGAUAAAUUUGGGAAGGUGAGAUCCAUGAUGAAGAGUAAGGGUCUAAGGAAAGUCCCUGGCUACAGCACAAUAGAGAUUGACAAGAAAAUUUAUAGGUUUGGACCAGGCGAUACAUCUCAUUCACAAACAAAGGACAUAUACAGAUUCUUGGAAAAUUUUCGGAGUUUGGUUCAUGCUCAAGUUUAUGAUUCAGAACCUGAUAAUUCUAUUGUUGGCACUAGUAAAUUCAACAAAGAAAAUAAUGUUGUGAGUCACAGUGAGAAGUUGGCAAUUGCCUUCGGAAUAAUCAACACCAGGCCAGGAACAACACUACGCAUUUCUAAGAACCUUCGUGUUUGUAGAGAUUGCCAUUCCUUUGCAAAGAUUGCGUCUAAAAUCACAGGCAGAGAGAUCAUCAUGAGAGAUUUGAAUCGGUUUCAUUGUUUCAGGAAUGGGAGUUGCUCUUGUAAUGAUUAUUGGUGAUAGGUCAUUUUACACCAGCAAAACCACCAGGACAGAAAACCUAGUGGGCUAAUCUCAUGAACAUUGUAUUAAAGAAGAUAUCACUCGUGAUCCAAAGGGAUUUGGAGUCGGUAACCUUGUAUUGAAAGCUUCCCUCUUGCACUGCAAUGAUACACCAUGGUUCUUCAUCGUA